GGUUGGAUGAAGCCCGAUGAUUUGAAGCCAUAGAUGACUCAACUGGGGUGAAGUUGGAGGAAAGAUGCCAACUGGGGCAGAAUCUCAGAGGGGGUGGGGGGAAUUGCUAAUUGGGGCAGAAGCUCAGGGAACAGGGCAGGAGAUGCCAUCUGAGAUACAGGUUGAGGGAGUAUGGGAGGUAAACCCUUCUAGGAUGGAAGUUCAGGGGCUGAUGCAAAUGGAGGCUGAAUCCCAGGGACAGGGCAAAGAUACUUCAAGUGGGACAGGAGCCCAAGGCCGGAGGGGAGAAAUAUUAGAUAAAAAUGAUAUUGCAGGAGAAAGGGCAGUUGAAACUGAAGGAUAUGUUCCUACAGGGAAAAGACUUAUGGAGACUGGUCCAAGGAUUUGGACAGGAGAGUCCUUGACAGAAGAAGCUAGUGGGUCCUCUAUUGUUUCAGCAAAUGUUGAGGCAGGUGGGAUAAAGAAAGGUACCAACAAAAACAUUUCUGGAGACAGGAGCAAAAAGCAGACUAAUAAGAAAAGAGGGCAAAAGUCCAAGGCUGAAGAUAAGUUUAAAGAGCUCUCCAUCUAUUUUCCUCAAGAGCAGUGGGCUGAAAUGGGAGACUGGGAGAAAUUGCGUUAUAAGAACAUAAAACACAAUUACGAAUUUAUGAUUCAAUUAGGUCUUCCUACUCCUAAACCAGCGUUUAUGUAUUAUGCACGGCAGCCCUUAAAGACUGCAAAUGAAUCCUCUGAAUCAGAUGAGGAAUGGACACCAACACUUAUCGAUUUCCAAAGAAAAGCUACAUCUGAAAAGAAAAAGGAAAGGAAAAAAGAACAGAACAAAGAAUUUAGCACUUACAGAUUACGGAAGAGAGAAAGAAAAACAUACAUGGAAAUAAAUGAACCAAAUGAUGAUGAUUACUUUUUUUGUGAAUAUUGCCUGACAUUCUUUGUUGAUGAGUGUUCUGUUCAUGGUCCUCCACUUUUCAUCAGAGACACAGUAGCUGAACUAGGACUGGCAGACAGAGCCACCUUCACGUUACCUUCAGGUUUUAGAAUUGGGCUUUCAAGUAUCCCCAGAGCUGGUUUUGGAGUGUGGAAUGAAAUGGAAAUAUUGCCUCCAGGAAUUCAUUUUGGACCAUAUGAAGGGACAAUGACAGAGGAAGAAGCAGCAGCAAACAGUGGCUAUUCCUGGCUGGUUAUCAGAGAGCGGAAUUGCUACAUUUACAUGGAUGGAAAAAAUGAAACUAAUUCCAAUUGGAUGAGGUAUGUUAACUGUGCCAGGAAUGAGGAAGAACAAAACCUUGUUGCUUUCCAGUAUCAUGGGGAAAUAUAUUACAGAACAUGUAAAAUAAUCCAACUUCAUUCUGAGCUCCUGGUUUGGUAUGGAGAAGAAUAUGGAAAGGAACUUGGCAUCAAAUGGGGAUCUAAAUGGAAAUCGCUAAACGGCGCCACAGCGCAGAGUCUGGGAACUGCGGCUCUAGGCAAUAAAAUGCUUAGGACCAAUUUCACACAGCAGAAGUGGAUGCAUAUAGGAAAGACGCCUUAUUCAUGUAGGGAGUGUGGGAAAAGCUUCAGCCAGUCAGCAACUCUGGCCACUCACAAGCGGACGCAUACCGGAGAGAGGCCGUACGCAUGUAGGGAGUGUGGGAAAAGCUUCAGCCAAUCAGUACACCUGGCCACUCACAAGCGGACGCAUACCGGAGAGAGGCCGUACGCAUGUAGGGAGUGUGGGAAAAGCUUCAGCCAAUCAGCAACUCUGGCCACUCACAAGCGGACGCAUACCGGAGAGAGGCCGUACGCAUGUAGGGAGUGUGGGAAAAGCUUCAGCCAAUCAGUACACCUGGCCACUCACAAGCGGACGCAUACCGGAGAGAGGCCGUACGCAUGUAGGGAGUGUGGGAAAAGCUUCAGCCAAUCAGUACACCUGGCCACUCACAAGCGGACGCAUACCGGAGAGAGGCCAUACGCAUGUAGGGAGUGUGGGAAAAGCUUCAGCCGAUCAGCAACUCUGGCCACUCACAAGCGGACGCAUACCGGAGAGAGGCCGUACGCAUGUAGGGAGUGUGGGAAAAGCUUCAGCCGAUCAGCAACUCUGGCCACUCACAAGCGGACGCAUACCGGAGAGAGGCCGUACGCAUGUAGGGAGUGUGGGAAAAGCUUCACUUGUUCAUCAGCACUGGCCACUCACAAGCGGACGCAUACCGGAGAGAGGCCGUACGCAUGUAGGGAGUGUGGGAAAAGCUUCAGCCAAUCAGCAACUCUGGCCACUCACAAGCGGACGCAUACCGGAGAGAGGCCGUACGCAUGUAGGGAGUGUGGGAAAAGCUUCACUUGUUCAUCAGCACUGGCCACUCACAAGCGGACGCAUACCAGAGAGAGGCCGUACGCAUGUAGGGAGUGUGGGAAAAGCUUCAGCCGAUCAGCAACUCUGGCCACUCACAAGCGGAUGCAUACCGGAGAGAGGCCGUACGCAUGUAGGGAGCGUGGGAAAAGCUUCACUUGUUCAUCAGCACUGGCCACUCACAAGCGGAUGCAUACCGGAGAGAGGCCGUACGCAUGUAGGGAGUGUGGGAAAAGCUUCACUUGUUCAUCAGCACUGGCCACUCACAAGCGGACACAUACCGGAGAGAGGCCGUACGCAUGUAGGGAGUGUGGGAAAAGCUUCAGCCAAUCAGCAACUCUGGCCACUCACAAGCGGACGCAUACCAGAGAGAGGCCGUACGCAUGUAGGGAGUGUGGGAAAAGCUUCACUUGUUCAUCAGCACUGGCCACUCACAAGCGGAUGCAUACCGGAGAGAGGCCGUACGCAUGUAGGGAGUGUGGGAAAAGCUUCAGCCGAUCAGCAACUCUGGCCACUCACAAGCGGACACAUACCGGAGAGAGGCCAUACACAUGUAGGGAGUGUGGGAAAAGCUUCACUUAUUCAUCGACAUUGGCCACUCAUGAGAGGACACAUACCAGAGAGAAGCAGUAUGCAUGUAGGGAGCGUGGGAGUAGCUUUAGUGUCAUAUUUGCAAUGGCCACUCAGAAGUGA